AUGUAUAUCGCAUGCAAAUGUUUAAACGUGUCCAUAAAAUCCAGGGGCACUGAACUACAGAAGGUCAACAUCAAUGAUAUUGAAUUGACACCUGAAGAACAGAAUGAUGGUUUCUUUCAUCAGUCAUUAAAUAUUUAUAGCAGUCUAGUUACUAACACUAAGGAACAACCAGGUUUAGUAGAGAUAAGAAAUGUGGGAUCAUGGGUUAUUCACCGUUGUUACAAUUGUUCAAUGUACACACAUGCUGUACACAGAGAUUAUGGUGCUGCUUUAGUUCUUAUUAAUACUGAUAUUGUUACUUCACCUGCAGAAAUAAUUAAAUUAAAAUCUAAUCCAGAUUAUAGUCCAGUAUUUAGAAUAAUAAUUGCCCAUAACACUUUGGAUGAAUUUGACUAUCUUCAACAACCUACCAAAUUUUCUGUAUCGCAGUUACCUAACAAUGUACAAGUGGCUUUGGGUGGACUCCAACAGCAGCUUGAAGAAGCUGUCCAAAGACAGAAUGCAGAAAUAGAAACUAAAAUUCGUGCAUUCACAGCAGAACAAUAUCAGUUAUUGGAACAGUUUUGUGAAAGAGCUCACAAUGAACAUAGAUUAUUAACAAGGUUAAUAUGUAAAGGAGAAGAAACAACUAGAUUAACAAAUAAUAUAGAAACUCCUCCUACAACCCCAGAUAGUUUUACAACCAGUUUAACUACCUCUACAACAAAUACAGUAAAUACAUCACAAGUAGUAUCAAACGAAACGAAAAUCAUUACAGGUCCUAAUGUUAAACAUGAAGCUGAUGCUAAAUAUUCUCCUAAUCCUCUUGUUAAUGGUAGCAUAGAUAAAAAAGAGCAAUUAUAUAUAUACAAUAAAGAUGCAACCAGUUUUGACACAGAAGCUUUAUUUCCUUUGGAAGGAAUGGAAGAGUCUCUUAAUACUGAUCAAGUUCAAUCUUCAGAAGAAGGAUCUGAUACAGAUGAUUCAGGUCAAGAUGAAGGUAUUCAUAUGCCAAGGGGACAAAGAGGUGGACAUCCUACAUUAGCAAAAUCGUUACCAGUUAGUGUUCCAUCUUUUCCUUCAUUUGUGCGUAGAACAGUUCAAGAUCAAGAUGAUGACCAGCUUUCAAGAGAUCCACAUGAUCCACAUAAUAUUCGAGCUUCGAUUAAAGCUCUAGCAAAGAGCGUUCAUGGUGAUACAGUAUUUGGAGACUUGCCACGUCCUCGUUUCUCUACUCAAAUCUGA